AGGGACUGCCAACGGAGGUUGAGUGGUAGAGGAAAACAGACAGAGCAUAGACUUGAAAACGAUUACUCCCGAAAUCUUGUACAGUGUAUGUACCGAGUAGGGAUUGUUACAUGAAUCGGAUUUCGAAUAAUACUUAGGCAGCGUGUGUAUGCAAUAAUUGAUGGUCUUUUCGCGAUGCGUUUGUGGUGAGUCAAGCUUAGGGUAGUCUACUUGGCUCAGUGAAUUGCACAGUAGGCUAUGUGGGAAAAUGAGUACCGACAAAAGUAAAGUAUGGAUCUUUAUGUCACCUAAAGUCUUGUUUUCAAGGUUCUUGUAUUUCUGUGGCGGACUCCAGGAGGAGGACUCCAGGAGGAGGAGGUGGGCAGCAGCGGCAGGUGAUCACUAGAUUUGUCCUGGGAGUUUCAGUGCAGCUAGCGCGAAUGGGAUACAUCAGACUUCAGAUAGGGCCUGGCUGGGAGAGGGAGUAAGUAUGGACAACCUUUCCGACUUUGGGUCCCUAUGUCCGUCUAGCCGGAGGGAAUGGGACACCAGCAGCUGUGUGGACGAUUUGAUGGAUGAAGAUGAGAAAGACAGGGCAAAAAGGGCAUCUCGUAACAAAUCGGAAAAGAAAAGAAGAGACCAAUUCAAUGUGCUCAUCAAGGAGCUGUGCACCAUGCUGCAGGGCCAAGGUCAUCCGCGCAAGAUGGACAAGUCCACCAUACUGCAGAGAACGAUCAACUUCCUGCAGACACAGAAAGAAAUCACAGCACAGACCGAGUCGUGUGAGAUCCGGCAGGACUGGAAGCCUUCGUUCCUCAGUAAUGAGGAGUUCACCCAGUUGAUGCUGGAGGCUUUAGACGGUUUCCUCAUAGCACUAACUACAGAUGGAAACAUUAUAUAUGUGUCCGACAGCGUGUCUUCACUCAUUGCCCAUUUACCGUCAGAUAUGGUGGACCAAAAUAUCUUGAACUUUCUCCCUGAGCGUGAGCAUGGGGAGGUCUAUAAGCUGCUAUCAUCCCACAUGCUGAUGACUGACCCCAUCUCUGCUGACUUCCUAGACAGUAAGACACACAUUGAGUUCUGCUGUCAUUUAGCCAGAGGAAACAUCGACCCAAAGGAACCCCCUACAUAUGAGUACGUGAAAUUUGUAGGAGAUUUCAAGUUUCAUAACAAUGUGCCUACUUACUCUUGUAACGGGUUUGAGUUGACAUUACCAAGAACCCUGCAGUCAUCACUGGAAGAGCAGGUCUGCCUUGUUGCCACUGUACGAUUAGUCACUCCGCAGUUUUUAAAGGAUUUGUGUAAUGUGGAAGAUCCCUGUGAUGAAUUCACAUCCAGACACAGCCUUGAAUGGAAGUUCCUGUUCUUAGAUCACAGAGCUUCACCAAUCAUCGGCUACUUGCCCUUUGAGGUUCUUGGGACUUCUGGCUAUGAUUACUAUCAUGUGGAUGACUUGGAGCUUAUAGCGCGGUGUCAUAAGCAAUUAAUGCAGUUUGGGAAGGGUAAAUCCUGCUACUAUCGGUUUCUGACCAAGGGUCAGCAGUGGAUCUGGCUCCAGACACACUACUACAUUACAUACCAUCAGUGGAACUCCAAGCCAGAGUUCAUAGUGUGCACUCACACAGUCGUCAGUUACGCGGAGGUGCGAGCGGAGAGGAGGAGAGAGUUUGGCUUGGAGGAGACGUCACCUGAGAUGGCCACUUCGUCCUCCAUAAAGGCUCAGGAGGUGUACCUGGACAUCUGUCCCAAUCUGGACCCUCCCGGACAGGACGGGAUGAGCGGGGCAUGCUCAGUGUCCUCCCACAGCUCCCGGAAAUCCUCCCACACAGCCCUGUCCGACUCGGCAUCCAACACGUCCUUGCGGUUCACAGACGCUUGCACACCAUCACGACAGUCUGCAUCAGUCGCGGGGACAGAGAAGAAUUUGGCCAGACUCGUACCCAGUAGUGCAAAGACUUUGGUACAGAGGCAAAACUCUUUUGACCUCCUUCCCCAACUGAGCCUACCCCCUUCUCCGACCUGCAGCCAGCACUCCGUAAUGCAACAACAACAACAGCAGCAGCAGCAGUCCAUGUACCAACAGCAGCCCCAAGAGCCUCAGCUAGGUGUGAUGAACCAGCUCAAGGAGCAGCUGGAGGAGAGGACACGCAUCCUGCAGAUGGACAUCAAGACUCAGCAGCAGGAGCUGCAUGACAUCAAGGAGAAGCUUCAGCUAGCUAACCUCCAGAUGUUGUUACAGCAACCCAUCCACGGUGACUUUGGCCAGGUCCAACAGCAGCAGCCUCAGCAGCAGGGUCCAGGGAGGCCGGUCCAGCAGCAUCAGCCUCAGUCUCGGGUGAUCAGGCAGGCCUCGGCCCACUCCAAACAGCCUCUCCAUGGAGCCCACGACUCGUCCCCUCACUCUCUCCUCAGAGAGCACAGCACACCCUCCCCUCAGGUGCAGCAGAGAUUGAUAAGGAAUGCAGGCGGGCAGAUGCAGGCAAUCAGUCUCCCGGUGCACACCCACACCAGCCUGACCAUGCCGUUUUACAGCAACCCCAUGAUGUUCUCUCAGCAGAUGAACACACAGCCACUGCAGGACGCAAACCAAAGACACUCAGACACCGAGUUCAGUCAAGAGGGACAGUUACGCAUGCUGCUCAACCAGCCAAUGCAUACCCUCUUACCUGAUAGCAGUAUGAGCUCCCAGACUUCCCAGUGCAACACAGCCAUCCAGCAAACCAAAUACACCCUGGAGCAGCAGAUGAUGACCCCGUCGUUCCCCAUGCAGCAGGUGAACUGCAACGCUGUCCUGGUCCCCUCCCCUGUAUUCACCUCCCCCAUCAUGAUCCCUCACAACAGCUUUAUCACGCACCAGGCCCAGCCCACAUACCACCCUCAGCAGCAGGCCAACCAUCACUCUCUACAGCUGCAGCAGCCCCAGCAGUUCUUUCAGAUGCAGCCCCAAGGACUCUUACACAGUGGACCCACUCAGGCGUUCUUCCACGCCACUAAUAUCCCACAGCAAGGUACUGUGGGUUAUAUUCAACAACAACUGCAGCAGCAGCAACCACAACAACAGCAGCAACAACACCACCAUUCCCAAAACCAGACUGGCAACCUUUCAGACUUCCGAAAUAUGCUCACUCGGUAGCACCGAAGACUCAAACAGAGUUGUUAGUUAUCCCCUGAAAUGUAUUGUCACAGGUUCAGUGGCAGAAUUAUAUGGGAUGCAUAGAAGAGACAGAGGCUAUUUGGCGCCAUGCUGUGCAGUGUUAUUCGCUGUUUAUGAAGCCAAAGUGGCUUUGUUUCCACAGCAAAAGAAAAAGGAAAAUAUACCUGUGGUGACCUUACUUCUGAUAAGGAGCCACCCUUUUCAGACAAAGCAGUUUUUGUACCCCAUGCUGGGGUGAACCACAGUCAGAGGCUGCUUGGACCGGUGGCGGACCCCAAUGUGACAGCUCUCCCAGAAAUGAAAAAGGAGUCAGUGUGCUGAAGGCUUGUGCUUCACUGCACCACCAGCCUCUCUGUCCCACUCCACAAAGCUACUGGGACCAUGCUUACACGUCAUAUUUCAUCAUGACACUGCUGGAUGGAGAAAACUAUGAAAGUAAUCAUAAGGAAAACAGUUCUGCUAUGUGUUUUUAUGCAGAUAAGUUUUCAACAAAAAAAUAGGUUAUUGUUAGGUGAGUCUAGUUGUGCACUAACUGCACUUGUUCAUAGCAUCUGUCCUGAUGUUCAGAGAGUAAACACAAGCAGUGAACAUUUACUUCUUCAAAGUUGCAUCUUCAUUUCACAUGAAAAACACUUUGUCUGUGAGUUAUGGUUUUGUUGUGCAGUUGUUGCAUACUUUUUUGUUAUGAAACAGCAGUUUUACAAACCUAUAAAACAACAAUAUUUUCCCCAGAAGGAAAUGUAAAGGAAGGGUUCAUUUUGAUGUUGGACAUCAGUUGUUAUUUCAUCACACAUUCAAAUCAGUCAUCCUAGAUACAGUGCAUUCGGACCACUUCCCUUUUUCCACAUUUUGUUACGUUACAACUUUAUUCUAAAAUGAAUUAAAUCUAUUUUUUCCUCAUCAAUCUACACAAAAUACCCCAUAAUGACAUAGCAAAAACUGGUUUUUAGACAUUUUGCAAAUUUAUAUAAAAAAAUAAAAGGAAAUGUCACAUUUACAUAAGUAUUCAGACCCUUUAAUCAGUACUUUGUUGAAGCACCUUUGGCAGCGAUUACAGCCUCGAGUCUUCUUGGGUAUGACGCUACAAGCUUGGCACACAUGUAUUUGAGGAGUUUCUCCCAUUCUUCUCUGCAGAUCCUCUUAAGCUCUGUCAGGUUGGAUGAGGAGCGUCGCUGCACAGCUAUUUUCAGGUCUCUCCAGAGAUGUUCGAUCGGGUUCAAGUUUGGGCUCUGGCUGGGCCACUCAAGGACAUUCAGAGACUUGUCCCGAAGCCACUCCUGCGUUGUCUUGGCUGUGUGCUUAGGAUCGUUGUCCUGUUGGAAGGUGAAUCCUUGGCCCCAGUCUGAGGUCCUGAGCGUUCUGGAGCAGGUUUUCAUCAAUAAUCUCUCUGUACUUUGCUCAGUUCAUCUUUCCCUCGUUUUUGAAUAUUGUCCCAGUCCCUGCCGGAUGCUGCCACCACCAUGCUUCACCGUAGGGAUGGUGCCAGGCUUCCUCCAGACGUAAUGCUUGGCUUUAAGGCCAAAGAGUUCAAUCUUGGUUUCAUCAGUCUAGAGAAUCUUGUUUCUCAUCGUCUGAGAUUCUUUAGGUGCCUUUUGGCAAACUCCAAGAGGGCUGUCAUAUGCCUUUUACUGAGGAGUGGAUUCCGUCUGGCCACUCUACCAUAAAGGCCUGAUUGGUGGAGGGCUGCAGAGAUGGUUGUCCUUCUGGAAGGUUCUCCCAUCUAGACAGAGGAACUCUGGAGCUCUCUCAGAGUUACCAUUGGGUUCUUGGUCACCUCCCUGACCAAGGCCCUUCUACCCCGAUUGCUCAGUUUGGCCAAGUGGCCAGCACUAGGAAGAGUCUUGGUGGUUCCAAACUUCUUCCAUUUAAGAAUGAUGGAGGUCACUGUGUUCUUGGAGACCUUCAAUGCUGCAAACAUUUUUUGGUAACCUUCCCCAGAUCUUUGUCUCGACAUAAUCCUGUCUCGGAGCUCUACGGACAAUUCCUUCAACCUCAUGGCUUUGUUUUUGCUCUGACAUGCACUGUCAACUGUGAGACCUUAUAUAGACAGGUGUAUGCCUUUGCAAAUCAUGUCCAAUCAAUUGAAUUUACCAUAGGUGGACUCCAAUCUAGGUUGUAGAAACAACUCAAGGGUGAUCGAUGGAAACGGGAUGCACCUCAGCUAAAUUUUUGAGUCUCAUAGCAAAGGGUCUGAAUAUUUAUGUAAAUAAGGUAUUUCCGUUUUUUUUAUAUAAAUUUGCAAACAUUUCUAAAAACCUGUUUUCGCUAUGUUAUUAUGAGGUAUUGUGUGUAGAUUGAUGAGGAAUUAAUUUUUAUUUAAUGCAUUUUAGAAUAAGGCUAUAACGUAAUAAAUGUGGAGAAGGUCAAGGGGUCUGAAUACUUUCCGAAUGCACUGUAUACUGAAAUUGAUAUCAUUAUUAAACACUAUAGUAUGUUCACCACCCAACACUAUUAGUCCAUGUUUGAAAAAAUAUAUUGUUUAAAUGACUGACAAAGCAUCUGGAAACUUUCCUCAUACAAGUAUAACCCUAUUAUGUUCACUAUAGAAUCAAAUAUUUUGACAUUUAAUUUUCUAAAACUAAAGAAAAUUACCAAUUACUAAUGCCAACAUUUUCAUUAAAUAAUUUGUAAAAAUCAGGCUUCAUAUUUUUUUAUUCACACUUUAAUGGACGGAGCAAACCUUAUUAGUAGACUACCAUAGCAUGUUUGUUAAUUUACCAUAUAUUUCAAAACAAGUGUAAGCAGGCAGCCAUUAUUGUUAUGUCUUGCUGUUCUACUGUGUGCAUUUUAAUUGGGGAAUUUAAAUAUAAAACAAUACCCACUGGGCACACCACGUCAUUUUAAUAUGGAAAUGUGGGUCAUAUUUGGUUGAGACAUUGAUCAAUGAGAUUUCAACAUUUAUUCACCCACUCAAGAAGACAACCAGAAGUUUGUUGAAUUCCCAAUGUGUUGUCACUAUGCUUUCAACCAUCUAAAAGCACAACCAAAUUCCAAUGGAAAAACAAUGUCUGAUUUUUGGUUCAGUUGUCAUCUAAAUGUGUUAUCACUGCGAUUUCAACCAUUUAAAAGCACAACGAAGUUUAAAUGGGAAUAGAAUGUCAGAUAUGUUGUAUUUAUACAACAACUUAAUGUGUUAUCACUGUGCUUCAUCUCAUAGCACAACCCAAUGACCUGGAUUGCAGUUGAGGUUACAUUUAAAAGUACAUAGUGAAAGUGAUCAAUUCUGUUCAAGAUUCUGCACAGAUUAUUAUAGCAAUUAUUAUAGCAAUCUCUACAGACCUGCGACCUUUGCAUGCUAUUUUGAACAAGCACGCUUUCUAUGAUUACAUAAGACAUUUAGAGUUACAAGUAGGCUAAUUUCAAAAUGUGGCCAUGGAUGCAUUACUCAUUUAGGCUGAAUAAAUACUGUUACAUUAGUUUAUAAAAUAGCCUUAACUUUAGGCUAUUUACUGUAUCACAAAAGUAAUAUUGAAUUGUGUUUGGUGGACAACAACCAAAUAUAAACAUUUAAAGGAUAUCUAACGCUUGGAUGGUUUCAUCUGAGCCACUGGCUUAAUCCUAUUCUUUAACUUUUAUUUUUGGUUAAAUUGGGGACGUCAAUACAACAUAUAAUUUGUUAAGUUGUCGACAAGUUAAUAGGCCAUUUACUCUAUUGCAAAAGUGGUGCCACUGACUUAGUCUGGCUUCAAUUCCAGUAUGUCUACAAAUGAAUAAUGAAUAUGUUGAAUUCACAUCUCCAUCUCAACCAAGACGCAAAGUUAAAGAAUAUACUAAAUCAAAUCAAAUUGUAUUUUAGGUGCAUUUAAAGUUUUUGAUUCGAUUUAGUCCCAUUCCUUAACUUACAUUUUUGGUUGAGAUGGAGACGUGAAUCCAACAUAUUAAUGAUUAACAUGAAGAUGACAUUUGAAAUCAACCAAGCUUUAAACCCUAGGCCUAUGUGUAUUGUCUAUAUUUAGUUGAACUCUGGGUUGAAUUGAAAGAAUAGCUGUUGAUGACUUUUUAAAUGCUAAAUAUGCCUGACUAUUAUCAUUGAUGAUAUACUGUAUGACUUAUAAAGUAUGGUUACAUUUAAUUUGAUCUGUUAAACCUACCCAUUGGAAUGACUUCAAUAGCAACAGUGAAUAUAUUUAGUUAUUAAGAGGUCUCAAUAAUCAUUCUCACGAUAGCACAUUGGUAGUAGUCAGUGACAAAUAUUAAAGCUGGGCUUGGUUAAAACCCUGCCUGGGAGACCAAAUUAAUAGCUGUACUGUAGAUGGAGCAACUGUCCUGUAGGAGUUGCUGCCCAGCCUAUGUUUGUUUACAUUUUUUAUAGUUGAUAUAACGUUGAAGAUCUGAUGUUGUGUCAAGGGUACCUGUUUGACAUUUUAUACAAGGUUUCUAUGUUGAAAAUGGCUUAAAUUGCUGACAUAAUCCUGUGGUUGGGAUUUCAGCCUCUGAACAACAGCUUGAUGACUUUUUUCCACUUCACAAUACGUCGACAAAUUACAUUGGAACAACGUUGAUUCAACCAGUUUGUGCCCAGUGGGUCCUAAUGCCUUAAAUGGCUCACAACCAUAAACUACUAACCAAGGACUGUUUUACUUAUUGUUUUGUAUCAAAUGUAACAGAUGCUGCAAUGAUUAAGAAGAUGUCACUAAUAUAUUGUAAUUGUCAUACAUUGAUUAUGUAUGCUUUCGUAACGCAACUUUCUUCUCAGGUUAUUUGUGGAAAUAACCACAAAUUAUUAAUAAUCACACAUUUAUUCUCAGUAUUACAUUAACAACGUGUCAUCAUUUUCUGGUUACAUGGUUUAUAUUUGCUAGUCGGUUAAUAUAUAUAUAUAUAUAUAUAUAUAUUGGUUGGAGGGAGUCUAUUAGUGGAUUUAUCCAUGUAUGAGUUAUUAUGUCCAUACACUCUGGUGAUUUCAGGAAAACUGUAAUAACAAAAUACUAACCAGAGAUAAAUGACCUGCUAAUGUAAAUGACAAUCAAAUAAUACUACAUAUUUCUUAUUAUUUUUCUUUAAAGUUACAUUAGCUAAAUAACUACAUCAUUAGGUAUCUGAUUUGAGUUCCCCCACGUUCAUUAGAUAUUGUAAUAUUUGAAUGGGAAAGUCCUUCCGUGAAACAUCCGUCAAACAAACAGACCUGCUGUACGUAUGCCUCAAAAUUCCUUUACUCUCCAUGAGUAAGUCAAUAGCCAUAACAAAAUGUAACACCAUAUUGGAAUUCUAAUCAAACUAAAUGUGCCGUUUGACAUGAAGUGAAGGUUGAAAUGCAUUGUGGAGUAAUAAGAAUCUUUAAUUGUACAAUGUUUAUGACAGUCCUAGCAAUCUGCUGUGUACAUUGAGUCACUGUCACUUCAUCUGCCACAGUCACUCUCAUGAAGACUGGUGCUGUUCAUUUAGGUUGAAGAGAUGCUUAAAGAAAGUUGUAGAAUGUUUCGAGUAUGUGCUGGUUUACCCUUUUAUUAUGUGCAAUGUCAAUUUAGAAAAUAAACGUUUCUAGGCAGGUAUGUACUCAUGUAAAAUAGAGACAUAGUUGUAUACUAUAAACCAAUGUACUAUGUGAAUGAAAUGGAAAUAUUUUUGUAUUAAAAUAUCUUUAACACUCCUUCAACCAUAAAUAUAAGCAGUAUCUUUACUGAGGUACAGCUUGUAUCUGCUGAAGACUUUGUUAGAAUGACUAAUCCACACUAAAGACGCAGGUCAACUGGUCUGAGAAUGAUGCUGGCAUGAGGGAAAAGGGAGCCAUUCUAUUUUUCAGUAGAACUUGUGUUGACCUCUUGCUGGGGUCAGCCCAACGUAAACAUUGUUUUAAGUGAUAUGAGCAACACAUUGUUUCAACAUCAUUACUGUGUCAGUUUGUUAUUACUCUAAAGACACAACAUUGACUCUAUUCAAGACCUACAUGCAGAUUUGUUUAGACAACUGUCUUGUUAAUGCUGCAUCAUUUUAAAAUACUGUUUGUUGAUUGUCAGCUAAAUGACUCCCUAGGUUGGCCUCCACUCAACCUUAUUAUUCAAAAAACAAUGUUGUUGGUUCAGUGUGCUCAAUGACUAUCAUAAGGUUAACUGCCUUUUGAUGCUGGUUGAAGGAACAUGUAGUGUAUGUUUAAUUAUCAAGCUCAUAGAAUAACAGUAAACCGUGUUCUCACAAGUGUCCAGUGUACUCUCUAGCUAACCAUCGUAUGUAAAGAAUUUGCAUUAGUUGCCCCCAUUUCAAACAAGAGGCAGUUAUUCAUUUCCAUUAACCCAGUGCCACAGAUGAUUUCCUACAUUUAAGGUCAUGCUGAGAGCCAUUGUGUGUUUGCUGUGUAUUGCUUCAGUUUAUACAAAUGUUCAUGUUUAUUGGUAUGUGUGUUUCUUCAUUGUGAUUGCUGCGCUAGAUCAAAUGGUACUGGCUCUUUCUAUGAUUCUGUUUAAUCUGUCUCCCCCAGCAGUAGAUUAUGCACUUUUUGUUUCACUGUUUCAGACUAUAUUUUUAUGUUCAUGAAUUCUUCAUCAAGUGUCAUUCUUUUUUUAAAGGCAUGAUGUUACUUUGACUUUUGCAUUUGUGACCUUUAGAGUGGACUGUGCAUCCUUGCAGUAUAUGGGGUGGAGGGUCAAUCAAUGCAUACUGUAAAACAUUUGCCAGGAAAAAGUAAGACAAACAAAAACAGAACCUGGUACAUAUUAGCCAUUGCAUUGCAGAAAACUAAUUGAGAAUAUUGUAUUAUAGAAUGUACAAAACAUGUUGAGAUUAUAUAGUUCUUUAUUUUACGAGAUGUCAAAUAGAUUGAAUAUAUGUUACAUGAUUUUAAAGUAAAACAAACAGAAGUAUUUUGUAACAGAUUAUUGAAGUGUCUUAUUUGGGGAGGUGAGGUUAUUAUUUUCUUCAGUUCAGCAAGUUGGUGUUAUGGUGUUUCACAGUCUAUUGUAUGGCUUGUUUUUUUCUGUCUGUAUAUACCAUCAAAAAUAAGCUUUAACAUAUUGUUAAUAUUGUUUUAAAAUAAAUUAAUAAAAAGUUUACAUUCUGAAACAG